ACGAUCAGGCAAGAUAAUACCGAGCAGCAGCACGGAGUCUGCAGGACAAAAUGAGCCUUUGCUUAAAAUAUCCAAGAGACAAAUGGAGGUCCUUCCGUCGUCCCACUGCAGCAAGCAAAGCCAACACUGGGCAACCCUCUAAAAUGUUUAUUUGGACCAGUGGCCGAAGCUCUACAUCUUACAGACAUGAUGAGAAAAGGGAUCACGAUCUACUGGACAAAAGGAAAACAGUCACAGCUCUAAAAGCCGGAGAAGACCGGGCCAUACUCCUCGGGCUGGCCAUGAUGGUGUGCUCUAUCAUGAUGUACUUUCUCCUGGGAAUCACCCUGCUGCGGUCUUACAUGCAAAGUGUCUGGACAGAAGAGGCUCAGUGCUCGCUUCUCAAUGCAUCCAUCACAGAAACCUUCAACUGCUCAUUUAGCUGUGGUCCAGACUGCUGGAAAAUCUCUCAGUACCCCUGCCUCCAGGUGUACGUUAAUCUCACCUCUUCUGGCCAGAAGCUUCUGCUCUACCACACCGAGGAAACAAUGAAAAUUAAUUCUGAGUGUUCAUACAUACCCAAGUGCGGCAAGAAUUAUGAGGAAUCCAUGUCACUGGUGAACGUCGUGAUGGAAAACUUCAGAAAGUACCAACGCUUCUCCUGCUUCUAUGACCCCGAAGGUGUUCAGAAGAAUGUGAUAUUAACCAAACUGUACAGCUCCAAUGUGCUGUUCCACUCCCUCUUCUGGCCCACCUGCAUGAUGAUUGGCGGGGUCGCCAUCGUCGCGAUGGUAAAGCUGACUCAAUACCUUUCCCUCCUUUGUGAGAGAAUCCAAAGGAUCAACAGAUAAAAAUGAAGACUUCUCUGAGAUUUAAUUACAGCUAAAAUACUGUUUUCUCAUUCUUCACCAAAGAACCUUAAGUUUGUAAUGUGCAAGUCUGUUAUAAGUUCCUUACUAUAUUCUUAUGAGUAGAGCAAUAAUGCAAAGGCUGUUCUAUAUGCAAACAUGAUGUUAUUAUUAUGCAGACAACUGAAAAAUUACCGUUUUGUGUUGACCGUCUAUAUGAUCUUGUUUUAUGCUGAGACUAGUACUUCUUUCUUUUCUACAGCCAAAAUAGGGCUCAGUGUGACCAUUUGCCAAGCUUAGUCAAUUGACAUCUUCACUGUAAAGGAUUCUGGGGAAAAUUCACAGCUGGGCAAAGGGCGGCCAACCACUUGCGCAUCGCUGAGGUCUCACAUCUGGCUCGGCCCAUUCGGUGGAUUUGUGGCUUUUCUUUUUUUACUAUUGGCUGCAAGGGGGAAAAAAAGCAUUGAUAGGGUUUUUUAUGGUAAGAUGGUACAAAAGGGAUGUAUUUUGGGGCCAGGAUAAGCAUACAGUAUUUUCAGCCAAAGUAGGAGUUGGUGAUGCUUUGUGUUUGGUCCCCCAGUUCAGAAGUAAAUUUUACCCUGUCGUGUUUAAGGUCUUUUGGAAAACACCCUGGAGUUUUAUUUUAUUUAGUGCAGUAAUUUCCUUCUGUCUUAUCAACAUCAUCUUUGUCACUCGCAGAAGCUGUAGCCAAAAAACAAAAAUCACCUUGUUCCAUUUUCUAUUCUAGUUCGAGCCCUAUUGACAGAGAUGGGACCAGAACACCUUAUGUAAAGGUUUAUUACUCAUUUGUCUUGUAUUUGCUACCAUAUCACUGUAAAGAAAAAAAUAACACAAUCAGCUAUUUUUUCAUUUUUUACUUCCAACUAUUUUAGAUUUUUUUACUUGAUAUAUAUACAGAUAUAUAUAAAAAGAAAAAGCUAUAUUAUAUCUAGUUGUGUAUUGGAACUUGAUUAUGGGGGGAUUUUGUUUUGUUUUUACCAACUGGAAAGUGAACAGUAUAACUCAUGUAUUUAUAACCUUCAUCCUUGGAUAAUAUCAUAACAUGGAGGAGCAGCACUGCAGGAUCUUAUCCAAUAUUCAUGAUGUUGUUUCAGUCAAAGGUCCCUGUUGCUGUGACAUCGGAAUUGACAAAAAUCUCAUCUAAUUCUAUGGCUCUAUUAACUGAAUUGUUAGAUAAUCAUCAUAAUACAUCUGGAAAUCUCUCCUGACCUUAACUCUGUAUGCAGUGCU